AAUAAGGGAGAACUUCUUUUCAGAGAGGUAGUUUUCUAGAAUGGUGGCACGUAAGACCCCUGUGAAAAAAGCGGCGGCCAAUGGAAAACCUGCUGCCGAAAUGAAAGUAGUGGAUACGGUGGGCGAGGUGGAGGAGGUGGAGAUGGAGGAGGAGGAGAUGGAGGAGAUCAUGUUGAGCAGUGAUGAUGAGAACGAGGAUGAUGACGUAGCUCUGAUUGUUCUCAAGAGGCCGCCAGUUACUGAGAGAAUAGUAGAGGAGGUCGAGAUCACCGAAGAUAUUGAGAUCACUGGAACAGGAACUGGCGGAGUUAAUCUCAAAGAGAAAUCUGGAUUCGUCAAGGAAUAUAUAGAAUCUGAAGGUCUAGCCAUGAUCUUAAGUAAAGAUUACGGUUUAGUGCUGUUCCAUCUUUCCAGUGUUUGGUUGGAAAACGUUCAGAAUGAUCUUUCCACCACCAGGAAAAAGCUACCGACAGGAACAGAAAUCAAGUUCUACGACAGAACAUUCAAAGGAGAAGAGUACAAAGACCUCAGCGAAGACAAGGUUAUUCAUCAAGCAGUGGCCGUAUGGACGGGAGAGACUAGACCCGACAACGUGUUGAAGAAGGUGGCCGACGAGGAGUACAAGAAGAAACUGGAGGAGCACAGGGCCACCUUUAUGCUUUACCUCAGGGGGGAGGUCUUCCUCAGAGCUGCGUUUGUCCGGGUGAAGGGGGAGGUGGCCGGAUACUUGAACGAGAACAUGGGUAUCAUUGAGUACAAGGACGAGAAGGAUAAGAAAAUCAACAUUUUCUUCCACACAGAUGAUGUCAGGAUCUUCAAGAAAGAAGUCAAGGAGUACAGGAAACCAGCUAAGACGGCUCUUCCGGUAGGAUGUAUAGUAUCUGUUGAUGCAAGGAGGGUUCAUGUUGUAGGAGUCAAAAAUAUCGAAUAUCAGGCUAUUAUAGUAGUUGCUGGAGCUUGGCCUAAGACCCCCCACCCUACCUUGAUGCCCGGGGGCCAGGGUAGUAUUGCCCCCAGUUACGAGAUGCCCAAGGGGAAUUUCACAUUCUACUACAUGGAACUAGCGCUGGAGGGAAAACUAACUAGAAAAGUACAAGAGUUCAAGGAUAUCUUGAGUAGGUCGAGAGGACAGGUAAACUACGACUGGGCUAACGUACAGUACAUACAGAGCAAAGAACAGUUCAAUGACUGGAAACGAGAGUACGGCGGAGGUAACAAGAGAUCAUUUAACGGAAAGAGAGCUCAGGGGAAACGUGAAGUAUUAGACACAUUUAGAGCUGCGGAGGCAACUGAGGAGGACAUAAAGGAUGAGAAGACGAAGGUUACACAGAAAACUAUUGCGGAGCGGACCUGGUAUACCCCAGAGGCCUGGGAGCACGGUGGUCUCCGGUUAAAGGAGGAGGUUAAGGAUGAGACAGACGGGUCAACUCCCGCCAAGCGGGUCAAGAAGGAACUCAAGAAAUAAUAAUAUUUUUUUUUAAACAUUGAAUCCGGUGGCGAAGUUAACGUUAUCAUCGGAAUAUUUUGCCGCCGAAUUCGUUUCCGACGGCGGAGUUAUUAAGGAACAAAAACAGAGUUGGUGAAAUUUAAUCUUCUGCAUAACAAAAGGCUGCCCCAUCUGCACAUUAUUCUAUGAACUGUCCGGAAUAAAUUUUUUUUCGUUUA